GGGCGUCCGCUCCUCCCCCUCGCGGUCGGUCGUGCUGGCUGCGCCGAGCCCCCUGCGCGCGGCACAUGGGGCGCCUGACGGAGGCGGAGGCAGCGGGCAGCGGCGCUCGGGCUGCAAGCUGGGCAGGGUCCCCUCCCACGCUCCUGCCGCUCUCUCCCACGUCCCCCGGGUGCGCGGCCACCAUGGCGUCCAGCGACGAGGACGGCACCAACGGCGGCGCCUCGGAGGCCGGCGAGGACCGGGAGGCUCCUGGCAAGCGGAGACGCCUGGGCUUCUUGGCCACUGCCUGGCUCACCUUCUACAACAUCGCCAUGACCGCGGGGUGGUUGGUUCUAGCUAUUGCCAUGGUACGUUUUUAUAUGGAAAAAGGGACACACAGAGGUUUAUAUAAAAGUAUUCAGAAGACACUUAAAUUUUUCCAGACAUUUGCCUUGCUUGAGAUAGUUCACUGUUUAAUUGGAAUUGUACCUACUUCUGUGCUUGUGACUGGGGUCCAAGUGAGUUCAAGAAUCUUUAUGGUGUGGCUCAUUACUCACAGUAUAAAACCAAUCCAGAAUGAGGAGAGUGUGGUGCUUUUUCUGGUCGCGUGGACUGUGACAGAGAUCACUCGCUAUUCCUUCUACACAUUCAGCCUUCUUGACCACUUGCCAUACUUCAUUAAAUGGGCCAGAUAUAAUUUUUUUAUCAUCCUAUAUCCUGUUGGAGUUGCUGGUGAACUUCUUACAAUAUACGCUGCCUUGCCAUAUGUGAAGAAAACGGGAAUGUUUUCAAUAAGACUUCCUAACAAAUACAAUGUCUCUUUUGACUACUAUUAUUUUCUUCUCAUAACCAUGGCCUCAUAUAUACCUUUGUUUCCACAACUCUAUUUUCAUAUGUUACGUCAAAGAAGAAAGGUGCUUCAUGGAGAGGUGAUUGUAGAAAAGGAUGAUUAAAUGAUCUCUGCAAACAAGGUGCUUUUUCCAGAAUAACCAAGAUUACCUGAGUCCAAGUUUUAAUAACAAGAAUAAACAACUUUGUGAAAUAUCA